AUGCCGACAGCAGCAGUGUACCGUGAGACGCCGCCCGCGUCACCUCCACUGCACAGCAGCUAUGAGGAGGCUCUAGCCACCGCGGAACCAGGUGAUACAAUAGCAACAACCAAAGAAGAAGAAUGGGUGACGCGGAAGAAAAGCGAAGUGACUACCACUCGACAAAUUGCAACCAGAGUAAAGCGGGAAUUAAUAUUAGAAGAUGGACGAAUUCUUAGCGACUCGGGACCUAAAAUAUCUACCUCUGUCAACGAAGACACGCACACCACCAACUACCAACAAACCGAGCUCGAAGAGGAAGCGGUGGAACCUGAAGCAAUUGGGGCGGCACCUGAUGAAGUCGACAGCCCAUUCAUCGACGGGGUGGUAGCCCCAGCCGGAACCAAGGUCCACGUGACGUCACUAGUAGUAGCCAAUCCAGAUGGAAAGGUGCGUGAGAGUCAUGACAGAAAAGUCCUGACGAGAAACAUCACGGAACGAGUGCAGGAGACAGAGGAACGAAUCCACAAGGGGGAUACUACUCACGAAGCUCUUAUAGCGGCAGUGAAUGAGACCCCGGAGGAGGACAUCCGCGAUGCUCUGAAGUCGCAAACAGAGCAUCAGCUGGCACUCGUUCCACGCGGCCCCAAACUCGUCAAAGAUACAGUCGCGUACAACACUACUAUCACCACUGAUGAUACCGAGGAAUUACGGGCGCUACGUCCAGAUGGGACGAUUGUGACGGAGACACGACACACUAAGGAACAAGAACGAGUUUGCGACGAAGAACUAUCUAAGGAAGAGGCAAAAUCCCUGCCAAGUGACAAGAGUGUCGUUGAAGAGACGAGUGGUACGGAGCGGCGGAAGCGAGUAGAUCUUGAGCACAGCACUGAUCUAAUGGCGGGCGGCUUGCGGGUCGCUACGCAUAUCAAUUCGCGGUCUCGCACUGAAGAAGUUGAAAGAGAAGGACAGCCUAACAUGGAUGAUGACUGGGACAGUUUGUCAGUCAGAAUGAGACGCCAGCGACGCCUUCGCCAAGUCGAACACGACAAGGAUUACAAACGUCCCGUUGACUACGACAUAGAGGAAGAAACACGCAAGAAAGAAACGUCAAAGUGGCUCGAGAAUCACUUCGGCAGUGAAUCCCGCUCCUCACAUGACUCCAUAGCUGAAGAGAUUGGACGGAGACCGGACCCGACCUUCUACAAGAAGGCUGAAGACGAGGGUUACUACGGGAAGACAUCAUCAGUGCCACCACCGCCAGUGUAUGGAGAUCGAGUUCUUCGUAAAACGAAAUCGUCGACGCCCUCUGACGAACGACCGGCAGCACCAGUGAACAGGACCGGUGGCUACUUUAAAGGUGUUGCUGACUGGUCACAGAGACGUGCCAGCAAACCCAGGAUGCCUGAGCCACGUAGCUCGUCCCCAUCACCACCAACAGUGCGUUCACCAUAUGCUAGUGACGAUCGACUAAACGGCUCCUCUCCAAGGCAUGUGUACGGGAAACGCGACUCGCCUCAAGGGAGGUCAUCACCUAUCGGCCGCCGCCACCCGCCCUCGCGCGACGACUCCGCCUACGUAUCGUCGUCAACAAUGCACAGUCCACCACGCGGCUCGCCUUUCCGGCCGUUAGAUGCAGAGCGCUCGUUCCGCGAGCCCUCGGUCGAGGACGACUACCGGCCGAUCGCGCCGGAACGAAAACGACCAACGAAACAAAGAUUGUCUGAGGAGCAUCGCUACGAUAGUGGCUACAGAAGCUCAUCCCGCAAUGAAAAUUCGGGAAGGUCACGCGAUAGUCGUGAGGAGGGAGCCGUGGAGCCUCCACCAGAUUAUUCUCCCCCCAGAGAAAGGCGCGAAAGCUCAGACAGAGAUCGUACGCCACCAAGGCGAAGGGAUCGUGAUGAGCGUAAACAAAAUCAAAAGACUCGUUUUGCUGACAAUGGACGGCGUCCAUCGCCAGCGCGUAAGUCAGUGGGGUCUGCGAUCGGUAACUCGAUUCGGAAGUUGGUAGGGAAGAUUCGAUCUGCAUCUGCGGAGCGACGUGCUCGAUGGCGCAACUCUCGGACUCCGUCGCCGGAGCACUCAUCGCGUACGUACAAGCAGUACGGUGGCGAGCUGGCGCCCCCCGUCGCGCCUCCGCACCGCUACUACCUCGGGGAGGACCCCUUCGCGCCCAGCAUCUACGGCCGAGAGCACAAGUACGAGGGCAGUUCGAGACGCGCAGCCGCUGCCGACGCCCGUGAUCACCGAGAAAGGGGUCAAUUCUCGAGCACGCUGGGUCGGUUCAGUCACUCCACAAGUCGACUGAAUCCGAACGUCGAGCCCGAAGAGGACUACACUCGCAGCGCGCAGACGUUGCCGAGGAAAUUGCACGACAGGAAAGAGAAAUCCACCGAACCACAGAAGCCCAGUUCUAAUAAGUACUGGCAUAGGCUCACACCCAACAAGCGGUCAAGCAGCGCCGUCAACAUCUCCAAUAACGCAGUAACAGCUACACCUGACGGUAAAAUUAACGGAUAUCCACCCGGACCUGCGAAGCCAGCGCGAACGUACAAGGCUCUCAACAGGAGCAAGAGUUUUGCUAUGGGAGCUCCUGAACAGGAGACACAUCCACGUUACGUAUCCACAAUGAGUCGCAAUUACUCAACUAUGUAUAAAUCUAAUCCCCACCUAAGCCGGCUUGAUGAAACUCCUGAGCAACUGAAAAGUCCAGGAAUUGUGUCUAUAAUAAACCGCAGUCAACGCGACCUUGCCGAUGCUGUAUCUCGUGAGACUGAGCGCAGGCGUGAUGGACUCUUUGGAGCUAGAUAUGGAAAGACUACCCCAGUGACCAAUGGGCACACAAAUGGCUUUAGCAAAUCUCAUGACGAAACUGACAAGAAGAAGAUAUUCCUUAAAGGACUUCGUGAGAGAGCACCAGAAUUAUACCAAACACUGCAUGCUGACGACGAAUCAGACGGCAGCAGGUUAUCGUCUCGGUACAACACACCGUCACCACACUAUAAGGAGCGUAUCUCAGAAGAAAGGAAAACGCCAUUGUAUAAAACAGAAUCGCUCAAUAGGGAAACGAGUCCUUUUGUGUCCCGACUGGAUUCGAGAAUAAAGUCACCGGCAAUAAGACGGGGAAGCAACAGUAGUGACAACUAUUCAGAAACGUAUCGAUACACCACUCGUUCAGGUGACCCGGAACGUCCCAGUGUGACAGACACUGUAGAAACCGUUAGCAAGAAGAUCGUUCCAUCCAGAGACGGUCGCUCAAAGGAGAUUAUCGAAUCAAGGGAAAUAAAUUCUGUAACGAAAAGCAGGGGGGGAUACAAAGAGCCAAUAGUGAGCCCCAAGUAUAUAGAAAAUGGUAUCCGGUCCGCGCCCCACGGAUAUGAGAAGAAUGGCCCAUUGUACUCGGAACGAAGGAGCAGUAACUAUAAAGUUAUCGAGAAAAUAAGAGAUUAUUAG